AUGGGCACUUCCACGAACCAAAGCCAGGCGAACGACAAGGCGUCGCGUCUCGCGUCGGCACUCUUGACGACGGCAGAAGCACUCCACGAGGUGCAAGGCGCCUUGCGCAUCGAGCCGGACGACAAGGUUUUGGUGGUUGCGCAGCGUUUCAAUACCGCUUUGGAGGAGCUUUGCUUGACGCAGUGGACGAUCGACAAGCGCAAGCUUCGCGACAAGAACACUCUAUUGACGCGACUGCCCGUGCUGGAUGACGUCCUCGCUCAAGCGCAUCGCGAGGUGUCGGCGACGGUGGCGAACUUGACGGACGACGAGGUUGUGGCGCGUGCCAGCGGCGGCGUCAUGCUUUCUGGCCACCCGCUUGGCUAUUCCAGCCACAGCACGUCGAUGCAAAAGGUGUUGUUGUCGCCGCCGACGCCCUGCGUUCUGACGACCACACCGUCGACACCGGUACUUUUGAGUCACUGGUUUGAGUCUGCGACGACCGCCAAUGCGUUUCGCCAGCGCAUUCAGGCGCACGGGUGGUCGUCCGCCGAGACGCCGGCGCCGUUGCCCACGGCGGGCGACGUGACGCGCCUGGUGUAUGUGGCCAGCGCCUACGUCCCAACCGCCACGUUGACGAUGGAAAUAGAUGCGAUGCGCCUCUCUUCGGACGCGGAGUGCGAUGCACAGUCGAUCAUCGACGCUGCAUCGGCACAGGCCUUUCUCAUGGCCUACGGGUCGCACGUUCACGGCGGUCGUUUUGAGCUUGGUGGAAUCUUUUGGAAAACGACUUCUCUCUCAGUCGAUGCUGCGAUGCCAGUCGACGUGCUGCGACAGGUGCUAUCGGAAGCCGAGUUGCGCGACCUCUCGCUCGCGUACAGCGACUUCACUUACGGCGCUGGCGUCGACGUUUACACGGCACUGGCGUCGGAACACAAGAUGUGCGACAUCACAACGCAGCUGGAGUACACAGGACCGAUGGCGCCCAGUGCCGACACGUUUGCUGAGCGCCUGGCCGCGGACAAGACCACGUGGCGCGUGGUGGAUCGACCAGCGUCCCUGAUUGGUGUCUGGGUCCUCCUCCGAGCGACAGGGCACGCGCUUGCCGCAGAUCUUGUGCGCACCGCCUGGUUGGAGCUGGUUGUGCCCGGGACAACUCUGGUGCUCGAGGCGGCGGUGCACGCGGCCCGACUCGAUCAGUGGCUGCACGAUCCGACAUUUGGGAGUGCCACCAAGAACAUCGCUCUCCCAACGACCUCCUUUGCGAUGCGCGUCGUGCAAGCGCAGGAGCAUGUGGCGACCACCGACGAUCCAGACGGCGCGAUGCUGCUGGAUUUGGUGCUACUAUUGCUUCGCUGCGAGAUCGAGCUCGGUAUGAGCCUUGUCGGCGACCGCUUGCAGGCACCAAGCCUUAUCACUGCACUGCGCCGCUUUGUUACAGUGCACGACAUUGCGACGGUCGCGCGACUGGGCGCUCUUUUUGACGCUGUGCUGGACGCUCGUUUGGCGUCGGCGUCAGUCGUGCUCGAUGCCACGGUUCGCGAGCCGUUGCGCCGUGCGGUAGCACUGGCGACGUUGCGCGAUGUGAGUGUCACGUCUCCCGGUACGGUGUGGCGCAGUCCCACGCUGCACAUGGCCGAUGUACCGGCGGCCGGCCGCUUGCUUUUGGAUACGUUUCAAGCGACUGCCCUGCCCGACAUGCAGCUGCUGACGCGUCGCCUCGGCGCGAUGCUGUUUCACAAUGGUGUCGAGACCCGCGCGCCGCAGCUCUGGACGAUUGCAGUGUCGUAUGGUUGCCAGAAGGAUGGCUUUGUGGCGCCACUGUCGCUGGAAUGCGUGCGCACGAUGCUCGCUGCCAUGCAGUCGGCUCUGGACAAGCGUAUGGCUAUUGCCACUGACAGCUCGGACGACGACAUACCAGUCGACCGCUUUGCGUCCGUCGAUGGUGGCGAACACGACGAGCGCGUGCUGGGCGGGCGUCCGAUGCAGGAGUUUCUGACGGUGACGCAGCGCCCCACGGCGGCGACGCCGCCUACUGACCGCCUCUGGUUUGCGCUGAAACACCGCCUCAAUGUCGCCCCGGCGUUGUACCUGUGCGAGGCGACGGGCAAGCGUCUCACACGUCGGACGCGCGUCGCGAACGGACCCAUUGGUAUGGAUGAGUUGCUGUCGUUGCUGGCGUCGCGGACUCCUGUGGCGCGCGCCGACGUGUACCGCCACUUGCUCGACCGACGCUUCCUCGUGCCGUGUGUCUACCCAAGCGUCGACAACGAUAUGCUGUUCCUCGAUGCGAUCGGGUUGGAGCUUGUGGAGACGCGCCUCGAGCGCGGUGUGACGUCGUCGCUCUUGCGCAACACGGCGGCAUUGCGCGUGGCGAUCGUCUCGGAACGACCGGCCAAAGCGAGUGCCACGCGAUACUGGAUCCAGAACGUUUUCCACGUCAACUCGGUGCAGUGUUUGGACCGGGGGCGCGGGCGCGUCACGGAGCGAGACGGCCUUGUGGAGCUGGGUUGGGGCUUCGUGCACGAUGCGACCGAUGCGGCGACCGCCGUGGUGCUGCACGUUGUUGGCGACUACAAGCCGUGGAUGCCGCUGCUGGCGGCGUUUGCCGAUGUACUCUUGAUCGACGCGGGACCCGGUGCGGUGCGCGCGACUCCUUUGGCUCACGGUGUUGCGCUGCACUGGCGCCAUGUCGACGACGAUGACGAACAGCUCGUGCAUGACGAGGCAACGGCGACGGUGACGCUGGCGUGUCCCAUGAGUGCUACGUAUGCUGUCCUCACCGACUACCUCUUGCACGAGCCGUGGCCGACGUCGCGGAUUCCGAUUGCGAUGCUGCCGCUGCCACUACACGUGGGCUGUCUAUCGAGCCUUGCGCCGACGGAGGCUAUCGACGCGGUGGCAGCCACCGACUUUGGCACUUUGCGCACGCAUACGCUCCAACUCCAGCGCUCUUUUGUGGAAGAAGUCGCGCUGCGCGUGGCGCUGCAGCGGGAAGCGAGCGUGCCCGAGCAGCAGCGUCUCCGCCAGCAAAUCGCAGACCACUUCGAACUGCACAAGCCCAUGGCCCAUCGCGCGCGCCACCUGCCGCUUUUGCGCUACUUUGUGUCGGUGCUGGAGCAGCCGUCGGCGGCAUCUCGCGAACUGCGGCUCGUGGACUUGGACCGCCGCCUCGCACGCAGCUGCGACGGCCUCUCGACGAGCGCGGAGAAACGUUACCGCGACGCGGCCGUCGCGCGAAGCAACGACCCUGAAAACCAAGACUCGCGGGCAGCGUACGCCGAUGCGCUGCAGCACUGGAGCCUCAUGGUGACGGGGCUCGAGCACCUCUGGCGCGAGCUUUCGCAUGUAUUUGCGGCUGCCCCAAAUGCGUUGCCCGACUUGGCUGCACUCGCCGCUCAGCACUUGAUGGACGGCUUUGCGCUCGAGCUCAUGGACGGCGAUGCGGGCAAUGUCAACACGAUGUGGAUCCGCGCGGUGCUGCAGCGCUUGGAGACAGCGCUGCCCCCUCGUAGCCGCGUGUUCGUGCUUUCGGUGCUCGGUGUCCAGUCGUCGGGCAAGUCGACGCUGCUUAAUGGCAUGUUUGGCGUCCGCUUGAAGACGAGCGUCGCUCGAUGCACGCGCGGCGUCAACCUCCAGCUGCUCGCAUGCGCCGACGACUACCGCGACCUGUUUGACUACAUCUUGCUCUUGGACACGGAAGGCAUCCAGUCGCCCGAGUAUGUUGGCGUCGACGGGACGCCGUGGCGUGACAACCGCAUGGCGUCGAUGGCGAUUUUGCCGGCGGACGCGACCAUUGUGUUGACGAAAGGCGAGGCGACCAAGACGAUGAACGACAUGCUUCCAGUCGUGCUCUCGGUGCUGGCGAAUUCGGCGCUCGCGGCGGCAUCCGGAGGUCGCCUCGCCACGCAGCUCUACUUUGCGUUCAAUCAAAUGGACGUGACGAUGACCAGUAGCAUGCACUCGAGCCUCGACGCGCUCCUCGACAGUCUGCGCGCCAGUGCCAAGCAGGUGGCGGUUGUGCGUCAGUCGUCAGCGACGGCGUCGUUUCUCGAUACGUUUUGUGCCGACACAGACGUGGUGUUCUUGGGGCUCAACAGUGGCAUGAGCGACCCGCCGGGCGACACGCCGAUUGCCGACUAUGGCGAGCGGCUCGUGCAGCUGCGCGACCACAUUUUUGCCCAGGCGGCACCGGCCCGUACGUUUGGGGCGCUCAACGAGACACUGCGGCUUGUCUGGACGUGCCUUGAGAGUGCGAAUUUCGAGCUAGAUUUUGCCUCGGCCCACGAACGCAUGGUGUACGACCGCCUCGUGCGUUGCAUGACGCGGCACACACAAGCCCUUGCAAGCAUCUACACGGCGUCGUUUGAGACGGUGCUCCAGCGCAUGAGUGCCGACAAUGCGACGACGCCGCACGCUAGCCACUUGAACCACCGUUACGAGGCACUGCUUGAGCAAUCGGUGGCGUACGACGUGCGAGCGCUGGACAGCGUCGUGGCCAAAACAUUGGCGGACAAGGCGUUUGCCAAGUGGGCCACCGCCAUGACGGAAUCGUGGGCCGACCAGAAGCGCCGCCAGGCAGCGCACUCGACGCGUUUGGUCGUUGCUACGGCCGAGCAGCUCUUUCAAUACGAAGCGUACGCCAAGGCGUACAAGACGGAGCUGCAAGACGCGCUCGUGGCGCAUCUGGCGACCGAAGGAGCCGAGGCCACGCUGGCCGCCUUUGAUGCGACCUUUGAUGCGGUCGUGUGCCGCGCCGCCGCCAAGCACCCGCCGCUGGCCCCCGACGUCCCACGCCUCGUCUGCACGGCAUUGCACAACAAUCACGUGCUGACGCCGGACGAACUCGCCCUAAUCAGUAAACCCAACGACGAAACCAAGAUCAAGACGGGGUGGCGCCGGUACAUUGAUCGGUGGUUUACAGCCAAAGAGCAGCGAAAGGCCCAGAUGAUGGACGCCGUGCGCGACUGUGUCUUGCGCUGCAUCGCGGACACGGAUCGGUACGGCGACGAGGUCGUUCUCAACUGCGUUUUGGAAGGUAUGGCGAUGCUGCACUCGCUGCAGUUGCCGCCCGACGACCGACUUACGGGCUUGCGCAUGCUCGUAUCGAUGCUGACGACGCAGCUCCAAGAUCGGCAGGCUCGCUGGGAUGCGGUCAACUGCAUUGCGGUUAAGUUUGGCGCGUGCAAGCAAGAGAUGUGCCAGUUUGCGACCAACUUGUGUCGCGGCCAGAGAGCCGCCACGUUUGAAGAAGAAGUCGUUGGCGUUGUUGCCGCGGCACUCAAGCACGCGUACUGGGUCCAAAGCGCCGACGCGAUGCAAGCAGCGCUGGACCAUUCGCUGCUGAUGCUGCUGCGGCAACACGAGGUGCCCGAAGUGCUGCGCUUGCUAAAGGAGCCAACAGAACAUGCGACAAACGUGACGACGAACCUCAUCCGCGCGCAAGUUCAAAAGAGCUAUCUCACCGUCGCCGCCAAGCUUGUCGCCGCAGUCAAGGAAGGGAUUCUGGCCGCUGCCGCCUCAGCGGAAAACGCGGUCGAGUCGCGAAGCACAGCUUUUCUCCAAGAGUUGUGUCUCGUACUGCAACGCCGUCUCAAGUGCAGCGGCACCAGCGUCCUUGUGACGAGUCUUCCAUCCGGGAAGGCAACCGUCUUUGACUGUGAUGCUCACGGUCCAAGCCUCUUCUCAGUCCAUAACGAUGGACGCUCCCCGCUCAACGUACCUCAGAGCCUUCUUGCGCGUCUCGAAGAACUGAGUUGUACCCUUAGCCCCUCGACAGUGUGGAGCUCGAUGAUGGCGACGCGGACCCUCGACCUCAUUCGCAACGAGGCGUAUGGCGCGGUCGACGGCAUUGUGCCGCGCUGUGGCCAGCCAUGUCCGUGGUGCAAGUGCCCGUGCACGAAGGCUUUGGGCCACGCGUCCACGGGCAAUGCAGACGAUCUACUGCACGACACGCCGCACCAGCCCGACGGCCUCGUCGGAGUGCUUGUUCAAGAUUGUGGUAUGCGGCAUGAUGAUGGGAGCUCGCACCGUUUCCGAGACUUUGAAACCGUCUAUCCGGGGUGGGCGCUGCCGCGCGUGACGCAGCGCUUGCCGCUGCGCGAGUACAUUUUCGCGCACUGCCAUGACGAGCUCGUCGCAUGGCACAACGUGCGCAAGUGCGAGAAGAUUCCCGCCUCGUACUUUGCCCACGAUCUGUGCGACAUUGAACGUACGCUUGAACGCUUGAUGCAGUAG